AUGAAUCGAGGACCUCCUAAUCCUCGAAUGUUCAAGUUCCAACCAAAUCCAAAAGUCAAAAACAGAUUCCAAGAUGAGGCAGAUUUACGAUCACUUCGAAGUUUUAAAACCGAUUUUUCCAACUAUCUGGCUAGUGAUACUAACUUUUUGAAUGUUGCUGAAAUUAUGACUUCGUAUGCUUAUGGAGAGAGCAAUAACGCAAACGAGAAGGAAAUCCAAUGUGACUUAUUGACUGAAAAUGGAGGAAUUGAAAUAGACCCAACUAGAUUGUCCUACAGGGAACGGAUAAGAUGGCAUCUGCAACAGUUUUGUUAUAAAACCUCAAGUCACGGUAUACCAAUGCUCGGACAAGCCCCAAAUAGUUUGUACAGGGCAGUUUGGGUGUUCCUACUUUUGAUCUGUGCAAUCCAAUUCAUCAAUCAAGCAGUAGCCGUAAUCCAGAAGUAUCAAAAGAUGGACAAAAUUACAGAUAUUCAAUUAAAAUUCGAUACUGCUCCCUUCCCAGCAAUAACUCUUUGCAACCUGAAUCCAUACAAAGACAGUGUGAUCAGAUCCCAUGACAGUAUUAGUAAAAUUCUUGGUGUCUUCAAAAGUGUAAUGAAAAAAGCUGGUGACAGUAGUGCUGAAGCGUCUGACGAUGGCGUUGAAUAUGAUAUGGAUGGAAUAACUAUCCAAGCAAAACGAAGAAAACGAGGAGCCGGAGAGAAGGGAACAUUCGAACCAGCGAACUCUGCAUGUGAAUGCGAUGAAGAGGAUGGUUCGAAUGAAUGCGAGGAAAAAUCCACUGAAAAGCCAUCCAGCGAUAAUGACAUGUGCAUUUGUGCAUUUGAUCGUCAGACCAACGAUGCGUGGCCAUGUCAUAGAAGAGAGCAAUGGACGAAUACAACAUGUCAAGCAUGUGAUGAGCAUUAUUUAUGUAGCAAGAAAGCCAAGAAAGGCACCAAAAGAUCAGAAAUAAAGAAGGAGCCGUGCAUUUGUGAGAGCAAGGGACUUUUUUGUAUCAAACAUGAGCAUGCAGCCCUAGUUUUGAAUUUGUGGGAGUAUUUUGGAGAUACAGAGGAGUUUUCUGACAUUUCAACAGAAGAGCGGGAAGCGUUGGGAUUUGGAAACAUGACAGACGAAGUGGCUAUUGUGACCAAAGCUAAGGAGAACAUCAUUUUCGCAAUGAGUGCGUCAGAAGAGCAAAGAAUUCUGAUGUCUCAAGCAAAACACAAUUUGAUUCAUAAAUGCUCGUUCAAUGGAAAACCAUGUGAUAUUGAUAAAGAUUUUGAACUUGUUGCUGAUCCUACGUUCGGCAACUGCUUUGUGUUCAAUCAUGACAGAGAAAUCUUCAAGUCAAGUGUGAGAGCUGGUCCUCAAUACGGCCUCCGCGUAAUGUUGUUUGUGAAUGCCAGUGACUACCUACCAACAUCAGAAGCCGUCGGCAUCCGACUGACCAUCCAUGACAAAGACGAUUUUCCAUUCCCGGACACUUUUGGCUACUCGGCACCGACCGGUUAUAUCUCCUCGUUUGGUAUGAGAAUGAAGAAGAUGAGCAGAUUACCUGCGCCGUAUGGAGAUUGCGUUGAGGACGGCACCACAUCAAACUACAUCUACAAAGGUUAUGCAUAUUCCACAGAAGGUUGCUAUCGCACAUGUUUUCAAGAGCUGAUUAUUGACCGAUGCGGAUGCAGUGAUCCACGGUUUCCGUCGAUUGGGGGUGUUCAACCGUGUCAAGUGUUCAACAAGAAUCAUCGAGAAUGUCUGGAGAAGCACACUCAUCAAAUCGGAGAGAUUCAUGGUUCAUUCAAGUGUCGAUGCCAACAGCCUUGUAACCAAACAAUCUACACCACAUCAUAUUCUGAAGCAAUUUGGCCAUCUCAAGCUCUGAAUAUUUCCCUUGGACACUGUGAAAAAGAAGCGGAAGAGUGCAAUGAAGAAUAUAAAGAAAAUGCUGCAAUGUUGGAAGUUUUCUACGAAGCACUAAACUUUGAAGUUUUGGCUGAGUCAGAAGCUUACGGUAUUGUCAAAAUGAUGGCUGAUUUCGGAGGACAUCUUGGAUUGUGGUCUGGAGUUUCUGUUAUGACAUGUUGCGAGUUUGUCUGUCUAGUUCUCGAGCUACUCUACAUGGCAGUUACGCAUCAUAUCACCCAAGAGAGAAUUCGACGACGAGAAAAUGCUGCUAACGAGUUUUGA